UCGAUCAUUGUACUCUUCAGGCUGUAGAGGUGUUUUCAUUGUAACAAGUUAUAAAUAAAAAUGUUCAACUUAUUGCAAAUUGUAUUCGGGAUCAUAUUGUACAUUCAGUAUUCGGAGUGUAACCCUCUGUUUAUACCUGAGAUACCUGAAGAAUGUGAAGGUCUGACGCUUUGUGAAACCGUCCCCAACUACCCUCAUGAACACGCCGUGGGUGUCAUAAAACAGCUCGAAUACCAAGGAUACAUUUGGCAGAGCGACGCGAACUCCUCACUGAAUAUCACCAGCGACGGCGAAGAUGACGAGUAUAGGGAUCUUUGCAGCACUGAUAAGAGGAUCUCAGUACCCCUCGCAGCGUAUGAUGGACAAGGAAAAUGGCAUUUCGUACUAAACCAAAAAUCACACGUCGUGCAAGUGGUUCACAUGGAAAUAUGCAGCUAUCCAAAUCAUAAGCCGUGCGGUUACGGCGUAGAAGACCUAGAGUUGCACGUACGCGGCGGGUACAAGGCUCGAUGCUCGCAGAUGUUCCUGCGCCGCAAGCUGGUUGGGUUUAACGAGCGCGGGAAAGUUGUUCAUCUUGUUGCGGACGUGCCCAGCUGCUGCGCCUGCGUCGCGGAACAUGCUGCUGGUUUUCAAUAAAAUGUCUUGAUUGCCUUA